CACCAUAGCCGGACUGCUGAAAUGGAUACCCUACUCCAAUCUUCUUCUUCUUCUUCCUUGCUCCCCCAAUUCUCCACUCCAACCACUUCCUUCACGCCAUUCCACACUGUAACGCUUACCACGCGGAACCAUGCUCGACCCACCACCGCGACUAAACUCUUCGUCGCUAAACAGACGUGGAAAAUGAGCGAAGAUACGCCGCUGACAGAUGUGGAGGUGGAGGUGGAGGUUGACGGUUAUGGCGGCGGCGAUGAAUUCCCUGAUGCAGACUUAUUUAGUAGCGGGAGGGGAGACGACGACAAGGGUUAUGACAGAGACCCUGAACUUGCUGAGAUUAUGGGGAGCUGUCUCGUUGAUCCUGAAAAGGCUCAGUCACGAAUGGAAGAGAGGCUGAGGAGGAAAAGGAACAAGAUUCUGCACCCUAAGACUGGUUCUUCAACUCCCAUGAAAGUCACCUUCAACAGAUUUGAAUUCUCAAACUCGUACAUAUGGUUUGAGUUCUAUAAUGCUCCCUUGGAGAAAGAUGUAUCCUUAAUUUGUGAUACGAUUCGGUCAUGGCACAUCAUCGGACGUCUUGGUGGUUGCAACUCCAUGAAUAUGCAGUUGUCACAAUCGACCUCUGAUAAGAGGCCAACCUAUGACUACAUUCAGGGAGCAAAUGUGACUCCGACCACCUUUUAUAACAUAGGGGAUUUCGAGAUGCAAGAUAACUUGGGACGGAUAUGGGUGGAUAUUGGGACUAGCGAGCCAUUACUGCUGGACGUGUUGAUAAAUGGAUUGACCCAGAUCAGCUCCGAUUACGUUGGAAUCAAGCAACUAGUUUUUGGGGGGUCAGAAUUCGAGAACUGGAAGGAGAAUUUGAACUCAGAGGAUGCCGGUUGCAGCGUUCACAAGAUUUAAGCUUUUUCAUCACAAAGAUGAUUUUAUAACAGACAUUUGGCAAUGAGUUAGAACUGUUGUAAUUGCUCAAACCUUCUGCCUACAACAAUAACAGAAUCAAAUAGCA